UAGAGUGGCCAAAGUUGCAGUAUAAAAAGCCUUGCCGAAUUUAAGCAUGACAUCUACUUGUCCGGUGCGUGGUGAGGUUCAUUUCCAUAGCAAAUCAGAUCAAACAUAGCAAACAUCCUCUAGUACGCCUUGGAACAUGCAUUUUACGCAGGUUUUAAUUUCUCUAAGUGUAUUAAUUGCAUGUGGUCCAGUGGGUAAUGGAGAUAUAACGGCGCACCAGCAGCCUUCCACAGCCACGGAGGAAAGCGAGCAGUGUUCCACAUGUGAGUUCAGACAACACAGCAAGCUGAUGAGACUGCAUGCCAUCAAGUCCCAAAUUCUUAGCAAACUCCGACUCAAACAGGCUCCAAACAUCAGCCGGGACGUGGUCAAGCAGCUGUUACCCAAAGCACCGCCUUUGCAACAACUUCUGGAUCAGUACGAUGUUCUGGGGGAUGACAGUAAGGAUGGAGCUUUGGAAGAGGAUGAUGAACAUGCCACCACAGAGACCAUCAUGACCAUGGCCACAGAGCCUGACCCCAUCGUUCAAGUAGAUCGGAAACCGAAGUGUUGUUUUUUCUCCUUCAGUCCGAAAAUCCAAGCGAACCGGAUCGUAAGAGCGCAGCUCUGGGUUCAUCUGAGACCGGCGGAAGAAGCGACCACCGUCUUCUUACAGAUAUCACGGCUGAUGCCCGUUACGGACGGAGGAAGACACAUACGAAUACGAUCCCUGAAGAUCGAUGUGAACGCAGGAGUCACGUCUUGGCAGAGUAUAGACGUAAAGCAGGUGCUCUCGGUGUGGUUAAGACAACCGGAGACCAACUGGGGCAUCGAGAUAAACGCGUAUGACGCGAAGGGAAACGACUUGGCCAUCACCUCAGCUGAGGCUGGAGAGGAUGGACUGCUCCCCUUUAUGGAGGUGAAAAUCUCAGAGGGCCCAAAGCGAAUCCGGAGGGACUCUGGACUGGACUGCGACGAGAAUUCCUCAGAGUCUCGAUGCUGCAGAUACCCUCUCACUGUGGACUUCGAGGACUUCGGCUGGGACUGGAUUAUUGCUCCGAAACGCUAUAAGGCGAAUUACUGUUCGGGAGAAUGCGACUACAUGCACCUGCAGAAGUAUCCCCACACCCAUCUGGUGAACAAGGCCAAUCCGCGAGGCACCGCCGGGCCCUGCUGCACCCCCACCAAGAUGUCUCCCAUCAACAUGCUUUACUUCAACGGCAAAGAACAGAUCAUCUACGGCAAGAUCCCCUCAAUGGUAGUAGACCGCUGUGGCUGCUCGUGAACCAGUGCCCAGACAGGACUUGAUCCGUCUCAAAGACCCGGACAUCUGAUCACACCACCCACCAUCCAUUAUCAGUGCUUUCCGCAAGACACUGUGCAAUAGAAGGACGCUCACUCACUCUCUGGGCACUGCUUCAUUUGACUAUGUUUUUUGUCAUUUUCCUCUAAAUCAGUAUCUCUGCCACAGGAGUCCAAUGUCACAAGGAUAUACUAAAGGAAUGUCUACUGGCUGGACUUGGGAAUGGACACUAUUGAAAUGGACGACAUUCUCUGCUUUAUUUCAUGUUUUCACCUUGUCAGAAUACUCUCAUUAGGAUACGCAGACAACAUACAAAAAUCGUAUUAUGCAACCACUCCAAAAUACAAUCAUUUAUAUCUUUGCUGUAACAGCUGUAACCGGUGAGCUUGUUUAAGAAGAGUAUCCAAGAGAAACAGAGAGGGACUCUCGAACAUUGAACAGAGCUUGAAUACAGUUAUCUGACGCCAAGUUCCACAUACACUGCAAUAAACACACAGAUCGAAUUGUUAAUCAUAGCUUUUGUCCACUACUCAUCUGUCGAACAGGCCUACACACUUGAAGUAUUAUUGAGAUCGGCAUUAGGGGAGAGAAGAACUUGAAGCAGAGUCGCAGUGAAUGCGGUCUACACGUUGAAAUGCGUUCGAGACAGAGACAUCGGAACUGUAAGAAUGAAUGUUAAUAUCACGCUAACACUCUGUCUUCAAACCACACAGUUUGCACUAUGGCAGACCAAUAGAAAGAAUUGGUUGCUAAAAAUGUUGUAAAAACUGAUUUUGAUAUGUUUGCUAAUUGUAUUGUAUACUUGCCAUUGUUUCCAUUAACAGUUGCCUUUUUUUAAACCACGGUUAGUACAUGUAUAAGAACACAAAAUAGCAAAAAAAGUGUACGAUAUAAAUCUAUGUAUCUGUUCAAACAAAUAAAGGUGCUUGCUUUA